CAGAAUUUUGCACAUGCGCAUGGCGCCCCGGGCUACGUGGCGCAUCCGGUGUUUGCUUUGGCCAUGGCCUUUGGCGCUGGCGCUUGGGUGGAGCUUCUCAACGCCCGUGCCAACCCGUGUGCCCGUGGAACGGCGAAGCUCGCAGUUAGAAGCCACCUUCGAUGAUCUCUGGACAUUGCUGGCAGAACGCGAAGAGGCCAGAGUUGAUGGAGUGGACACCUCCCUCCAUGAGCUCUUUGCGCCCAGCCCGCGGAGUGCGUGGCAAGAGCUACAAGCGCUGGUGACGGGAAAGGAGGAGCCGGUGGGCUUGAACGACAUGAAGUGCGUCAGUCUCAGGUUGGAUGGUUGCAUGUUUGGCCGCCUCACGCGGCAUCUCCGCCAGAUUGGCCUCAUCGGCCCAGGCUAUUCGAAGGACAUUGGAGAGAUUAUGCGCCUUUGCUGUCGCAUGAUGAUGGACGAGUUCAAAGGAAACGUCGCCUACACCCACAGCGAUGAGAUGACCAUCCUGAUGUUUCCGCACAAAAUGGGCCGACCAGGGAACAGCUUUCAGUGGCCUCACAAUGGCCGCAUUCAGAAAUGGGUGAGCAUCGGCUCCAGCAUGGUCACUGCGCUCUUCAACCGCCAGCUUAGUCAGCUGGCUGAGGCACGUGGCAUCACGCUGCCGACGGAUAUCGUCGCCCAUUUUGACUGUCGGGUCGGGCUCUUCGACUCCGAGAAGGAAGCCCUGUCUUUGCUCCUGUGGCGAGCCUAUGACUGCAGCGUGAACUGCGUUCAAGAUGCAUGCCAUCAUCAGGGUGCUCCCCUCGAAGUUGUCCGGAGCGAUUUCGCGAAGAAGCUGCUGUGGCUGAAGGAGGCGAAGCUGCUGCCAUUGGAUCCUCAUCAGGCGUAUGGCAGCAUGUUUGUGAAGGGUGAGGGCACGUUCAAAGUCAACGUGAGUGACACCAACCAGACAGUCAUUGUGAAGCGAAAGGUGAACAUCCAUGUGAACGACGGCGCUGAGGGCCCUCGGAACCUGUUGCUGUUGCCUCGGCGUCGGCAGGCACUGGUGCCCGAGGAGGGCGACCGGCGUUUGCAGCUGCGUGCUGGCAGCUAUUGGCGCUAUGUGGGGCCCUCGGGCACCGUGGAGGUGCAGGAUGAUCGUUCCAAUGCACGAGGGCGCAGGCAUCACCGUGCGAGAAACAAAGUGUUUUAGUCGCCCAAUCACAGCGUGUUGCGCUUCAUGCUACCCGAAGCCCGUCCAUGGUGGGGAGAUCUUCUCCAACUACAUAUCAACGACAGGAUGACCUGAGUAGGGUGGCACGUGAAGUGACUGACCUGGUUUACAAUCUCCUUGUAGCUGCAAUUGAUCAGAGCAUCAUGCUGCCAUUCGACUGCGGUUGCCGCGGUUCCCGCAAAGCCCGGGAGACGUCGCGUGACCGAAAGUGGCAAGGCUUUGGGUUGCAGAGGGUUAAGUGAAGCAAAGCUAUUUCUAUUGGACACCCCUUGGAUGGUCCUGGAGCUUGAAGCUCACCUUUUCGACGGGAGAGGCUUUUUGAUAGAAGACACAGCUGCCAGAUCGCUUUGCAGUUGUGUAAUGAGAUAUUAAUUCAGCCGUUUAAGGCAGGAUGUUCUGUGUAGCCGAGGUAGGAAGUAGCUUGCUCGAUCUGGUGAACCAUGAAGAUAGUGUGUCUUUGAGUGCAGUUGCUUUUCCAAUCUUUUCCACAUGUUGUCGGCGGGCUGAAAGUCUUUUCGGGCACCUACCGAAAGGUAGCUCAUGGUAGCUCUAAACGGUCAUGGCAUGUCAUGGCUACAUGCUUG